GGUAACUGGCGGGAAGACCAGGGGAAGGGAGGGCGCGUCUGGGCGGUGUGCGUGCGCCCAAUUCCAAGGGCACCCGUUCUCUGCGGGCCCCGGGGUGGAAAGUUUGGGCAGAGCUCAGGGAGCAGGAGAGGGGAGCGAUUCAGGAAGUCGAACCUCUGACAUCAGGGGCAGGACGGAGUUGGAGUGAAACCUCAAAAAUGCGAGGCGUCGGCCAGCGGGAGGGCAGGGAACUCAGAGAGCUCCUGUCUCGCAGCCGGCGGCAGGUACUCCCGGCGCGGGGCGGCCCCCGCUAACCCUCCACGCGGGCCUGGUCAGCUCGGGCCCCGCUGGGGCUUCCGACGAGACGCCGGCACGGGACCCCGCCCCUGCGCCCGAUCACUGUCGCAGGGGCAGCACAGCACCCGGCGGCGACCGCGCCUACAGGAAGCCCUCCGGUGGACUCAGAGAUUUCCUCCCAUUUUGAAACUGACACCCCAGACAACAGAGUGACCUUCCCAAGGACACAUGCUGAAUAAGUCACAGGGAGGCGCUGAGGGUCUGAAGGCACAGGACAGGCACAUGUUGAGUGUUCCGUGAAUACUGACUGCAUUGAGCUGUGACCUCCGGGAAAGAAGUCUGGCCAAGAUGCCCUGACUACCCAAGAGCAAGAAGGAACAGCCCAGGGGGCCUGGUGCUGCUGUGCUCCCUGUGGCAUGCCCAAACCCAAAGCUGAAAGAGAACUAAGUUGCAAGGGAAAAAGUCUGCAUCUUCUUCAGCCCAGGCUUUGCCAGUUGAGCUGAGAGGUGCCUCUGGCCCAGUCUAGCCGAGCACCAUGGAGAAAAUCAGCGCCUUCUUCAGCGCCAUCUGGGACAUCAUCUCGAGCAAACACCAAGAGGGCCUCUUCAACAGCAUCUGUCUGGGCAUCCUCCUGGGGCUGCCCCUACUGGUGAUCAUCACAUUCCUCUUCAUCUGUUGCCACUGCUGUUGGAACCGGCCAAGCAAAGGUGGCCAACAGCCAGAGCAAAACAAAGGGAAGAAGAAGAAGAAAAAGAAGGCUGAAGAAGACCUCUGGAUCUCUGCUCAACCCAAGCUUCUUCAGCUGGAAAAGAGGCCGUCGCUGCCAGUCUAGUUAGGCAGGAGGCAGAAGUGUCCUCCUUUGGGGGCUUGGCUACCUUCCAACCACACACACGGGGGGUAGGGAGCAGAAACCCCAGAAGUGAUGCACUCAUGGCAACCAAGGAGCAAACCUCAGACUCAGUGGCCCAUGGAGGACACUCCCAGGGAGCACGAGGACCAGUGGUGGCUCUGUCUCAGCAUCUGCAUGUCCAAUAGCAAUGCUCUUUACUGCAGACUCAGGCAGGCCUUCCACCCGUCUCCAGCAUAGUCCACAUGCAGAAGCACAAGGAACAUUUAUCCAUACAUCUUGACAUAUCUCCCCAGUGUACACAUGCACACACCACGCACACACCACACACACACACAGAGGCACGCACAACCAGGCAAUAGGUACCUGCGCAAGUAUAUUCAUGUUCAUCAAAUGGCCACUGAAUGUCUACUUUGUGCAAGGUCCUAAACAAUGCAGCACAUUAUCCGCUCUUAGAAAAACAUCUCAUAGCAAGACCUGAUCUGGGCACAUAUGCACAAUUAUAUAACCAGGAAAAAGCCUAUGCACUGUCAGUUCCACACACCACUCAGGUUAGAGAUGUAGGCUUUCCUGUUCCUAUCUCCACAUAACCUUUUACUGGAAAUCCUCAUCUUUGGACAUUCCAGCAGCCUGGUACAGUCCCCCUUCCUGUAUGUUGACUCUGACAUGGGAACAGACAAGUUCCUGGGCUUCUGACCUCUCACUUGGGAGGAGAAGUUUAAAGUGAUAGAUCAAACUUCAUCGAAAGCUAUUGUCCUACAACUCGUGACAGGGUCCUCAUUACCACUGAUGGGCGUUUGAUUACAUCAAAACCUCUCUUUGAGAUGCCACCCCCAGGGCCACUCUGCAAGGCUCCCUUCUCCAAGCAAGAACCCAUGGCUCCUGGGAGUGACCACUAGAAGACUGUGGCACCCAGGUGUGCUCCGCCCACUCCAGUGGACUGCCGUUGCGCGCCUGUGCAGUGCCUGUUCACAGAUGGGAAGGAGGUGCUCCCUGGGAGCAGGGGACGUCCUAUGUGUAAACCAAAGGUUUUCAGCAGGGAAGGGAUGAAGACAAUUGCUGGUCCAGUCCCAUAGCAGGCACCCUGGAAACAACUUCACAGGUUGUCAUGGACUCAUGGGAUGUUCGUGGGGGACGUAGAAGUUACAGAGUUUUGAUGAAAGUAGGAUGAAGCUCUACAGAGGUUGAUUCAUAUUUAUCCUGAAGCUCAGGCAAGUGCCUUGCACACAGUCGGUACUUAGAAUUGUCUGUGGAUGUUCUUGGAUGUGUGAUGUUAAGGAAACUUGUAAUACCUCACCAGCUCCUCCAAGUGACCUUCUUCUAAGUGAGCCCACUAGUUGCUGCAAUGAACAGAAGUUGGGUAUUGAAUUCUGCAGGAGGAAGUGCAUGCCGGGCCAAGGGUCCAGUCAACAGGUGUGUGCCCCAAGAUCCAUGAGGACAUAUAAGCUAGAUCCGUGGUCAGUUAAGGAAAUGUCCCCUUACUAGGGUGAGGUUGGGAGGCCAAAUUAAUGCAUUCAUAGGAUGCACUGGUUGGUAUUUUGACUAUACUGUGACCAUAUCACAGAGAUGGAUAAUUCCCAACUUGAGAGCAGGCUGUGCUCUAAAAGUUCAUUUGCAAAUCUGCUGGGUAGCGGUCUUAAAAUAUUCUCCCAUGGAAGCUCUUCUACAUGGUGGUGAAACUGAGAUGUAAUUAACAAUGGAGCUAAACUAUGAUAUUUAUAGAAGCAAGGACUAAAUUCUCUAAGAUGGUGUUCAUGGAAAAAUGGACUCUGCUUGCUCACUUGGGCCAGCGGGUAGUCACCUGCCCUCCAGGGACACAGUCCAGGCCUGGUCCUGUGGAGGGGGUGGUGACUAUAACACCAAGGUCUUCUGACAGGUGACCCUGUGAAUCAUAAUUCAGGCCUGCUUACAUUUUAAAACCAGUCACGCUCAUCCUUCCAUCCUAAGUGGCUUUAAAUACCUGGGCACUCAGGCCCCUCACGCAUAAACCCCUCUGACCACAGAAAGAGGCACCCUCUGAUGCUCUGUCCCCUUGUCUUCUGGAGAGCUUAUCACAGAAUACCUGGCUGUCUCCUUCUAUCCCAGGAUGACUCGUCAUCUCCCCGCAUAACACGCACACGCCUCCCCAUGCCUCCCACUGCCCAGCGGGCUGAGUUGCCCUGAAUGUCUCCCACUCUCAGCCCCCCAAAAUGGAUGACUUGGGGGAGACGUGGAGGCUGACGGCUGAGACUGCUGUCAGAUAUGAUCUAGAAAAACAGAGCUCUGGGAUCAGGAACCACACAGGUACCAUGGUUGCCAUGGCAACCAGCUGCUAGUCUGAAUGAAGACAGCAGUCAGUUGUCGUGGCUGUGACAAGGCCUCUGUCUCCAGGUGCGGUGCCCUGCCAUCUCCUGAAUGCAUGGAUUUGCUCUACCUCCAGGCAUGAAACACCCAGAAAGCCACUUCUCCGUAGCUUCCAUAGCAAAGUGUGCAGACCCAAGACCCUGAAAGAGGCUUAUCUUUUCCCCAGCCUGCCUCCCCUGAUAAUCUUCACUGGAGCACCCAAAACAACCUUCACUGGAGCACCCAGUGCGUGACAGGCCCUCACAUUUUUGUUGAAAAAGUGGGUAGAUAAAAGGAACUCAAAGCAAUCACUGGAGUCUACUUCCCUUUCUUCCCACUUCCUUCUCAACUUUCUCUCUUCUCUUUUCCUUUCUUCCUCCCUUCCUCCCUGGGUACCACCUGGCUCCGUCUCUCCAUCCCUCCUUUUUUACUCCUUCCCAGCCUUUGCCCCAGAACUGCCACAGGCAGGCAGCCAGGGGCAGGGGAGGGCAGGGCUGAGUCUGCCUGGCCUAUCUUGGGGGCCGGGGGGCGGGGGGAAUGGCUAAGCUAACAUGGCACAGGCUUGGGGAGAAGGCUCCAGGCUCAGGACUUCUGAAUGGUCAGGUCUUUCCCCUGCUGCUCAAUGGAUUCGCUUUGGGUUUCGGGUGGGAGGAAGGGAGGAGUAGGGGGUGGGAAGGGAGGAGGGCAAGAUGAAGAUAAAGUCACCUUUUCAAGAAGAAUAUAAAUGGUUCUAAGUUGUAUAGUAUCUGUCAGUAUUUUUUUUUUUUUUUGGAAACGUCAAAUACAUCAAGAUAAAA